CACAAUGAACAUAUCUCAACAAUGAUAAAUGUAGAAAUGAAGAAGAAGAUUGUUUAUAAAACGUGACAAAACACUGAUCUUAAAGUUGAAGGUUGGAAACUCUGUCAGUAGUUACUGCGGCUCCCACCUUCAGUCCUCUCGACCUACUCGGUCCUUUACCCACACGUUUUCAUCGAGACAAGAUGAAACAUUUAUUUUUGUUUCUUCUCUUAUGUCACGUUUCAUCAGCAGUCAAACACUCCCUGAAGUAUUUCUACACUGUGUCUUCUGGACUCCCAAACAUCCCGGAGUUUGUUGGCGUCGGUUCUGUUGAUGAUGUUCUUUUGGGUUCCUGCGACUCCGACAAAAAGACACCAGAAGCCAAACAGGACUGUGUGGAAAAGCAGUUGCAAUCCGAUCUUCAGCAAUUUGAGUUGUACAACCAACAGUGUUUGAAAAUUCUGCCCAACUUCUUUAAAGCCACGAUUCAUACGUUGACGCAGCGCUUCAACCAGAGUGGAGGUGUCCAUGUUUUGCAGGUCAUGAGUGGCUGUGAGUGGGAUGAUGAGACUGGAGAGAUUGAUGGACUUGUACAGUACGGUUAUGAUGGAGAAGAUUUGAUAUCAUUUGACCUGAAGACGUUGACAUGGAUCACACCAAAACCACAAGCUGUCAGCAUCAAACUGAACUGGGAUGCCGACAAAGCAAGAAUAAAAAACAUUGAGAUACGCCUCACUCAGAUUUACCCUCAGUGGUUGAAGACAUAUUUGGCUUAUGGCAACAGCUCUCUGCUGAGAACAGAUCUUCCCUCAGUGUCUCUCCUCCAGAAGACUCCCUCCUCUCCAGUCAGCUGCCACGCUACAGGUUUCUACCCUGAGAGAGCCACACUCAGCUGGAGGAAAGAUGGAGAGGAGCUUCAUGAGGACGUGGAGCUCGGAGAGAUCCUCCCCAACCACGAUGGAACCUUCCAGAUGAGUGCUGAGCUGAAGCUUUCAUCAGUCACACCUGAAGACUGGAGUAGGUACACCUGUGUGUUUGAGCUCUCAGGUGUGAAGGAGGAGAUCGUCACCAAACUGGACAAAGCAGACAUCAGGACCAAUGAAGUUCCUCCCUCAGAGUUUCCUACUGGUGCAGUUGUUGGAGUUGUUGUAGGACUUCUGCUGACACUCUGCAUCUGUGGACUCCUCAUGUGGAGAAGGAACAGAACUGGCUUCAGUGAAGAUUGGAGGAGGACUUCAGUGAUGUUACUGUGGAUCAAAACUGUUAUUACUUGAGCCUAAAUGGACUUUGAGUUUGUUAUUUUUAAUCCAAGUGUGUUUAUAUGUAACACUGAGAUGUGAAGUCAAAGAACCUGUCAGGUGACAGAAGGCUUCCUGUUUGUUAAAAAGGCCAACACCACUUAGAUAAUUCCCCCUCCCUGUCUGAGAGUGGUAUGUUCCACUCUCCCCUCUUAGAGUCAUUAAGAUAAUUAAACCCUGAAAACUGGUGUUACUACAUUUGUUUGGUUCUUCUGUGCAUCCGUUGAACUGUGAGUAUUAUGAGUCACUAAUUAAUAUAAUUUUACACAUAUUUCAUUGCCUCUGAAUGUGGUUAUUAUUUCCUGGUUACGCUAAUUAAUCUCACUUGAGGACAAUUGAGAGUCUGCAGUUUUAGCUUUACGUGUGUCCAGCCUGUACUGAUGUUACUGCAGUCGGUGUGCUUGUACUUUUUAUAUUUCGUUUCUCAGUUUGUUGCGUGGUCACACUGUUCUGUCUGUAAGCUUUUUAGACCCUACAAAGUGUUACUUUGCGUGUAGUUUGUUUGUUGUGUUGACAGGCCUUCAGAUUGAAACAGAUCCUGUGUGUGUUUAUGCUGCCUGGUUUAGCUGUCAGUUUUUACUUCAGGGAGAAAAGUUAAUGUGGACAACAUUGUGGCUCCACCUUGUGGCAGAGCGAGAAAUCAAUCCAGACAACCUGCUCAUCGUUUUGAGUUUUGAGUUCAUUAAUCUUUAGUUUGUGUCUGCUGAUCUGACACAAACUUUCCACUGUAGAUUAAAAGUCUUUUUCUGGACUGUUUUUUGGAUUUACUGUUUGUUAAAGUGGACUUGAUGCAGUUUCAGUUUGUUUCUGACCUCACAGCUCCUGAUGAAGACUCUGAGGCCUCUGAGAACCUGAAUCCAAGACCUGAUUGUCGGUCGUCCUCACUGAGUUCCCUCAUGUGACACGUAUCACACUGUACAACACGACAAACUAAAUGAGACGAAAAUUUGCUUGCUGUUACGUAACUGAAUGAAUAGUUGUGAUUUAUAUGAUUUGAUGGAUGGAUUUAAUGCUGCACUUUCAUAAAAAGGUUCACCUUCCUUUGGUACA